CUUGCCAGGAGCCAUGCAGGGAGGCUCGCUAGCCCGGCCGGUGCCUGCGGCUCGCAGGCGGUGAGCUCCCUGCCCCCGAGCGCUGAAUCGGGACAUUGUAUCCGGGAGGCUGGCUUGAAUUCACAAGGCUGGGUGUAUGUUGUUGGAAGCGGCGGGCCGUCUGGGGCCGGAGCCGGCAGGUGCUGUCAUCUAUAUGGAGAAGAGCCGAUGCAGCCCGUUUCCGAUCUGCUGGGCGAAAGAAUAUGACAGACACUUAGCAUCCAGCAAGAACAUGGCCGCGGCGUACCUGGACCCGAACCUGAACCAUACCCCGAGCUCCAACGCCAAGUCCCGCCUGAGCACCGGCAUGGAGCGCUCGCCGGGCGCCAUAGAGCGCGUGCUCAAGGUCUUCCAUUACUUCGAGAGCAACAGCGAACCGGCCACCUGGGCCAGCAACAUCCGCCACGGGGAUGCCACAGACGUCAGGGGUAUAAUCCAGAAGAUCGUUGAUAGCCACAAAGUGAAGAGCGUCGCGUCCUAUGGGUUACGGCUCAGUCACCUGCGCUCUGAGGAAGUUCAUUGGCUGCACCUGGAUAUGGGCGUGUCCCACGUCAGAGAGAAGUACGAGCAGGCCCACCCACCAGAGGAGUGGAAGUACGAGCUCAGAAUUCGUUAUUUGCCCAAAGGAUUCUUAAACCAGUUCACGGAGGACAAGCCGACGCUGAACUUCUUUUACCAGCAGGUGAAAAACGACUACAUGACGGAAAUAGCGGAUCAGGUGGAUCAGGAGAUCGCUCUGAAGCUCGGAUGCCUUGAAAUUCGGAGGUCGUAUGGAGAGAUGAGAGGGAACGCGCUGGAAAAGAAGUCCAACUACGAGGUGUUAGAGAAAGACGUCGGCCUGAGGAGGUUCUUCCCAAAAAGUCUGCUGGAUUCUGUUAAGGCGAAGACGCUGAGGAAGCUCAUCCAGCAGACCUUCCGCCAGUUCGCCAACCUGAACAGGGAAGAGAGCAUCGUGAAGUUCUUCGAGAUCCUCUCCCCGGUCUACCGAUUCGACAAGGAGUGCUUCAAGUGUGCGCUCGGAUCCAGCUGGGUUAUUUCUGUGGAGCUAGCGAUCGGCCCGGAAGAAGGAAUCAGCUACCUUACAGACAAAGGCUCUAACCCGACCCACUUGGCAGACUUCACUCAGGUACAGACCAUUCAGUAUUCGAGCAGCGAAGACAAGGACCGCAAGGGGACGUUACAGCUGAAGAUCGCUGGCGCCCCCGAGCCGCUGACUGUGACAGCCUCUUCCUUCACCAUCGUGGAGAAUAUGGCAGACCUGAUCGAUGGAUACUGCCGGCUCGUCAGCGGAGCCUCCGAAUCCUUCAUCAUCCGACCCCAAAAAGAAGGAGAGCGAGCUUUACCGUCUAUUCCAAAGCUGGCCAACAACGAGAAGCAUGGCGUCCGGGCGCACACCGUCUCCGUGUCCGAGGAGUUUAGUGAGGACGAAACCGACGACUACGCGGAGAUCAUAGAUGAGGAAGAUACGUACACGAUGCCCUCCACCGGUGAUUACGAGAUCCAGAGGGACCGGAUCGAGUUGGGCCGCUGUAUCGGUGAAGGGCAGUUCGGAGAUGUGCACCAAGGAGUUUACAUGAGUCCGGAGAAUCCGGCCAUGGCCGUCGCGAUCAAAACGUGUAAGAACUGCACAUCCGACAGCGUGAGGGAGAAGUUCCUGCAAGAGGCCUUAACGAUGCGCCAGUUUGACCAUCCGCACAUCGUGAAAUUAAUCGGCGUUAUCACGGAGAACCCCGUCUGGAUCAUCAUGGAGCUCUGCACCCUGGGAGAGUUGCGAUCGUUCUUACAAGUGAGGAAAUACAGCUUGGACCUGGCGUCUCUCAUCCUGUACGCGUACCAGCUCAGCACGGCCCUCGCCUACCUGGAGAGCAAAAGAUUUGUACAUAGGGAUAUCGCUGCUAGAAACGUCUUGGUUUCUUCCUCUGACUGCGUGAAAUUAGGAGACUUCGGGCUGUCGCGCUAUAUGGAAGACAGUACUUACUACAAAGCUUCCAAAGGGAAAUUACCCAUUAAGUGGAUGGCUCCGGAAUCCAUUAACUUCCGCCGUUUUACCUCCGCCAGCGACGUCUGGAUGUUCGGUGUGUGCAUGUGGGAGAUUUUAAUGUAUGGAGUGAAGCCUUUUCAAGGUGUGAAGAACAAUGACGUGAUCGGCCGGAUUGAGAACGGCGAACGCUUGCCUAUGCCCCCCAACUGCCCCCCCACACUCUAUAGCCUUAUGACCAAGUGCUGGGCCUACGACCCCAGCCGGAGGCCGCGCUUCACGGAGCUCAAAGCACAACUCAGUACAAUUUUGGAGGAAGAGAAGCUGCAGCAGGAGGAGCGGAUGAGGAUGGAGUCCCGGCGGCAGGUCACCGUGUCCUGGGAUUCAGGAGGGUCUGAUGAAGCCCCUCCAAAGCCCAGCAGACCGGGAUACCCCAGCCCGAGGUCCAGCGAAGGCUUCUUCCCCAGCCCUCAACAUCUGGUGCAGCCCAACCACUACCAGGUGUCUUCGUAUCCAAUGUCCCACGUGAUCGCUCCCAUGCCCGGCAGCCUGUACCCCGGCCAGGCGACCAUACUGGACCAUCACGACUCGUGGAACCACCGGACGCAGGACAUCACUAUGUGGCAGCCCAGCCUGGAGGAUUCGGGGCCUUUGGACAUGAGGGGCAUAGGCCAAGGUUUACCCGCGCACUUAAUGGAGGAGCGCUUAAUAAGACAGCAGCAAGAAAUGGAGGAGGAUCAGCGCUGGCUUGAAAAAGAAGAGAGGUUUUUGAAACCCGACGUCCGGCUUUCCCGGGGCAGCAUUGACCACGCCGACGGGGGCAUUCCCUGCCCGGCCGGGAACCAGCACAUUUAUCAACCCGUUGGGAAGCCAGAACACACAGCUCCGCCAAAGAAGCCGCCUCGGCCCGGCGCUCCCAGCCACCUCGGGAAUUUGGCCGGUUUGAACAGUCCGGUGGAAAGCUAUAACGAAGGCGUCAAGCUUCAACCACAAGAAAUAAGUCCGCCGCCGACCGCCAAUCUCGAUCGCACCAACGACAAGGUGUACGAGAACGUGACCGGCCUGGUGAAAGCGGUGAUCGAGAUGUCGAGCAGAAUCCAGCCUGCGCCCCCCGAGGAGUACGUCCCGAUGGUGAAGGGAGUGGGUCUGGCGUUGAGGACGUUGCUGGCGACCGUUGAUGAAACCAUUCCGAUCCUCCCGGCCAGCACUCACAGAGAGAUCGAGAUGGCUCAGAAGCUGCUGAACUCGGAUCUGGCAGAACUGAUCAACAAGAUGAAGCUGGCGCAGCAGUACGUCAUGACGAGCCUCCAGCAGGAAUACAAAAAGCAAAUGCUGACUGCCGCGCACGCGCUGGCCGUGGACGCUAAAAACUUGCUAGAUGUCAUUGACCAAGCCAGGCUAAAGAUGAUUGGUCAGUCGAGGCCACAUUAAACACGGCGGCGGCCCAGCUCGUCCUAUUGCAAGUUUCCUUUGGGAAUUAAGUCUAGCCUUCCACCGGCAAACCCAGCAACAAGCGGGCAUCUCCUCCUCCAGCGCUGAUUGGUUCCUCCUCCAGCGCUGAUUGGUUCCUCCUCCAGCGCUGAUU